AGUGGUGCUCCUGUGGGGAUGGGGUUUGUGAUAUACGUAGCGGUGUCAUAUGCAUCAUUUUUUAUGGGGGUGUAGGAAUAUAUAGUUGUGUUCAUUGGUCUGUUUUCUUUAAGGUCGCGGGGGGGGGGGCUUUACGUUAGCAUGCUGUGUGUGGGGAGUACAAUGUGUAUGAAGGCGUAUAUGUUGGGGAUGGUGGGAGACAGUUUACUUUGUUAGGUGUCCACCUUAUAGGGGUGUGUGUGUAAAUGACUUCAAGAAUGUGAUUCAAAUGAAAAGGCUAUUGAACUUUCUUCUAAUCUUAAUUCUAUCAUCUAUGUAUCUAUAUCUUAUUUUAUCUCUUAUUUUCAGAAUUAAUUAUAAAGACAAGUAAGAUCUUUAAAAUUAGAGAGGUGAAGACCUUCAUUCACAACGGUCAAGGACCUGGUUUAGAUUUGACACCAGCAUCCCAAAGACUGAACUUUGAUGAGUGCAUGUGUAUGUGGCUGAACUGGUGUAUAUGUAUAUGAGUAUGUAUACACAGACACACACUUACUGCAUGUAUGAGGCUGAAAAGUUCAUAGGCUAACCAAGAUAUCCUCAUUGAAUGUGACCAAAUGAGGUUUAUGUGGUAUGACGUCAGCGACUAGGGAGCUGACCGCUGACUGGAAGAGGAAGCCUCGAUUGGGAUUUCGUACCCUUCUCGAGGGGGGUUGUUGCGAUACGAAGACGUGCGAGGUAAUCGUCCAGGUAAGGGAGAGGCAGCUGCUAUUUCUAGCGUUCUUCGGGUCGGGCCAGGCACGAGGACAGGAUACCACAGGACAGACUCGUGCGGUGGAAGGAAGAUGAGUGCUUGGAUCUCGUUGGUCAAAAAACUCAUCAACAGCAGAUAUGACGUCAUCAUCACUGUGGUACUGGUUCCCAGUCAAGUGUUUUUUCAUGUUGGGGAACAGGUGAUAGUCAGAUGGGGUAAUCUUCAAGUUUAGGGGAUAAAAAAAUAAAUAAAAAUAUUCAAGGGAAAUAACUGAACGACUUACCAGUAUUAUCCGUUUUCUUCUAGCUGUUUAUAAAUAAAUCACACCCUAACCCUAACGUCAAUCAAAUCACGUGUGUGAUUUAUUUAUAAACAGAGAUGUACGGAGAAUACUGGUAAGACGUUCAGUUACUUCCCUUGAAUAUUUUUAUUUAUUUUUUUAUGCCCCUAAACUUGAAGAUUACCGUCAGAUGGUACCCAAUCAGGAGACUAGUGAGGAUAAUCACUACUCCAAAGCCACAGUCAUGAACAACAGCCAUCAGAACCACAGACUUGUGUGCUGGAACUUUGUUCUGAUGAAACAAGCCCCCUUUUUUGCCAGUUUCCUUGACAGUCUGGUAUCGAUAGCCUUUUGUGACAGCCUCAACAAAUUGGCAUAGUACUCUCCAUUGAUGGUAUGGCCCUUUUGAAUAUAGUCAAUAAACAAUGCCUUUUGCAUCCAAAAAAUCUGAGACUAUCACCUUCUCUGCAGAUGAAAUUGCCUUGGCCUUCUUUGCGGCAGAUGAGGAGUAUUUCCACUGCAUGGAUUGUCUCUUUCUCUCUGGCUCAAAGUGAUGAUGCCAACACUCAUCUUGGGUUAGGAAACCAGCUGCAUCUGCCUCAAACAAGGGUGUCUGAUGAUAUUGAACCCACAGACUAAAGAUUGAAGACUGGCAUUACCAAGGACUCUGAGAAUCUUGUUUAUACAACUUAAGUUCUACCACUGAAAUAUUUCCUUUGAAUUGCAAGUAAUAUUUGAUAAUGAAUGCACACAUGUAACUUUUAAAUGGUCCCUGUGAUGGUGUAACAUCAAAAUUUACUGAGAUUUUCCUUUUGUCUUAAAGACUUUGAAGAAAGUAUAUCUUUUUCAUUGAAAAUAUUUAAAGAAAUAUUUACCUGAUGCAAAUUCCAGGAGCAUUUUUUUUUAAUUUUGUGAAGAAAAUUUGUUAUGGAGGAGAAACUGAGUGAGAGUCAAGUUCAUAAUAAUAAUAAUAAUAAUAAUAAUGGUGUUUCACAUCAAACAAAGUAGACACCAUACAUGUGUGACAUCUGUGGGGAGUCUUUUAAAAUGCAAAAAUGUUUAAUUCAACAUCAGUCUUUGCACACAGACUCUGAACUCUAUGACUGAUAUUUGUGGCAAAAAGUUCUCCACAGAUGAAAAUUUAUCGAACCACAAACAUAUUCACACAGAAAUGAAACCAUAUUGCUGUGAUAUUUGUGGGAAGGUACUCUCUGAAAAAAAUGGUUCAUCUAACCACAAAUGUAUUCACACAGAAGAAAAACCGUACCGUUGUGAUAUUUGUGGUAAAAAAUUCCUGAAAAAUACUGCUUUGUUGAACCAUAUACGAAUUCACACAGGAGGGAAACCAUACGACUGCAGCAUUUGUGGGAAAGCAUUUUCUCAACAUAGUAACUUGUUGAACCAUAGAAGAAUUCACACUGGUGAGAAACCACAUUGUUGUGAUAUUUGUGGUAAAUCAUUCUCUCAAAACAGCAAUCUGUUGGUUCAUCGCCGUAUUCACACAGGAGAAAAACCAUUCCACUGUGAUAUAUGUGGUAAAGCAUUUUCUCAGAAUGGUAAUUUAUUAAUCCACAGGAAAACUCAUGGAGGAGAGAAGCAAUAUCAUUGUGAAAUAUGUGGUAAAACAUUCUUUGUUAAUUCUUCUUUAACUAGACACAUACGAAUUCACAUAGGUGAAAAGCCGUACUCCUGUGAUAUCUGUGGAAAAACAUUCACUGCUUCUAGUUCAUUAUCAAUGCAUAAACUUAACCAUACAGGCAAUAAGCCAUACCACUGUGACAUUUGUGAUAAAGCUUUCCUUAACAAUAACGCUUUGUUGAACCACAAAAGAAGUCACACAGGUGAGAAACCAUACCAGUGUGACAUUUGCAAGAAAUCAUUCUCUCAGAAUAGUAAUUUAUCGACACACAAACGUAUUCACACAGGUGAGAAACCGUAUCAGUGUGAUAUCUGUGGUAAAUCAUUCUCUCAAAAUAUCAAUUUAGUAAACCAUAGAUGUAUUCAUGUUUGACAAAAGAGUUAUUUAGUCCUGUAAAGUUAAUUGUACAGAAGGAAAAAAAAAAAAUACCCAUAGCACUGAGAUAUAUGUGUGGUAAAAAUUAAUGAGGUACUUAUGGUACAAUUGAAAACUAUAUUCAUAACAUACUAAUGAUGUAAUUGGAGCCAUGGACUCAGCUUGCAAUUUAUUUAAUUAAAGAGCAGCAGAAUCAGUAGCAGUAUUAAGUCUGGUAAUGUCAACCUGUACCUACAUUCCUGUGAAAAACUAUACCACCAAAGCUGUCUUUUAAACAAACAUUUUAGGUGAUAGUGUCUUACACACUGAUUUAAACUAUUCAUGUUAUGUAUUGAAUAUUCCUUACAGCUGUAAAAGUAAGAAUCACACGAACUAACCUAAACGGACUUUUCCAAGCAUGCAUUAUUUAUUGUCAUAUUUGGGGACGGUCGUCUUUUGCUAAUUCAACACAUGCACUAUAUAUUUGAUUUUCUCUUUAGCUUUAGGCAGAAUUCUUUUAUCACACAUUCUGUGACCUCUUUAGCAGCUUUCUGUCCCUUGUGUCUCCUUUUGUCCUGUCUCUUCCAUUCUGUCGCCUCUUAUCCUGUCCAUUUCAUUUUAUCUUUCAAAAUGGAAUAGACAAGGCAAAAGGAGACAUGUGGGACAGAAAGUCAGUGAAAAGGUUACAGAAGAUGUGACAAAAGAACUCUGACAAAUAAACUAAUACAAGUCCAAGUUCAGAAAUUCACCAUUCAAAAUAGUUACAGCCUAAAGGGAGAUAAUUGAGAAAAAUUUGAAAGUUAAUGCUUGUAAUCAUGUAAAGUAAAUAUAACAAAAAAUAAUCCAGAAUCUUUGUCCGGUACGAGAUUGAUCUCAAAAUCUAAUCAGUUCAUGCCAGUCAUGAGGCCAAACAUCCUGGAAAGUUUCAUCUGAAUCCAUCCUGCGGUUCUUGAGAUAUUUUGUCCAUGGACAAACAAACAAACACGACUGAAAACAAUGCCUUCACUAAGGCGAAGGUAAUAAUAAUAAUUUAUUCUUUAUUAGCCACAAGAGCUUACACAAGACAACAUGAAGUGACAAAGCAGGACGAUACAAUGGGUUUUAAAACGUGUAAACAGUGUAAAAAGCUGCCCAAGCUUCAUGUCUAUUUUGGCAUGGUUUCUGUGGCUGUAUGCCCUUCCUAAUGCCAACCACUUUACAGAGUGUACUGUGUGCUUUUUAUGUGGCACUUGCAAGACAAGGAUCUCUUGGCUGAAAGAGAGUUGGAGUUGGGAGCAUGACCAUAAAGGACAUACCUGUAUGGAUGGAUGGCCAUGGUUUUACUUACAUUCUUUUCUACUCUAGGCACAAGGCCCGACAUUUUGGCAGAGGGGGCCAGUUGAUUAGAUCAACACCAGUAUGCAACUGGUACUUAAUUUAUCAACCCCGAUAGGAUAAAAGGCAAAGUCAACCUCGGCGGAAUUUGAACUCGGAACGUAAAGACAUGAAACACUGUUAAGCAUUUCGCCCAGCUUGCUAACGUUUCUGCCAGCUCACUGCCUUAUUUACUUACAUUGACCUGACACAAUUUUACUUACAUUGAUGUGUCUUCUCAAGCAUAGCAAAUCACUAGAAGUCUCAGUCCCUUGUCAUCUCAACGAACGUUAAUUAAUGAUGAUGAUAAACUAUUGUUUUUAUAUGAUUUCCAUUAUUUUGAAUAACUAACUAUCCCUUUGUUUAGACCAGACAAGGUCUCCACACUACAGAUGGAAAAAGUGAAAAAUAAAGAAAUAUAUAUAUACACCUAUAUAAAUUACAUUUUGUUGUAAUCUCUACAGUAAUUUGUUAUUUUCUACAGUUCUCUACAAGCCAAUAUUUAUAUAAUUGCAAAUGUACUCACACAGGUAAUAUCUGUGAUGAUGCAUUCUCUCAAUAUAAUAAUUAUUUACACAAAAAAGAAACCAUGCCAUUGUGAUAUUUGUGGUAAAGUAUUCUCUCUAAUUUAAACACAAAUAUGUCCACAAAAGAGAAAAACCCUACCAUUUUAGUAUUUGUAGCAUUCUCUCUGAAGUUCUAAUUUAUUGAUCCAUAAAAUCAUAGAAAAUAAAUCAAAUCACUGUAAUAUCUGUAACAAAACUCCUUGAAGGAUAUCCAGAUGACAUUUGAGAGGGCCAGCCAUUGGAUAUGGAUGAAAAAGAAUGAUGAAACUUGGCUGGAGAGGUGAUGAUCCCAAGAUGGACUUGAGUUUGAAUACUAGUCAGUUGAAACAAUAAAUGGGGCCUCACAUCAGUGAGUGAGGCUGGUACACUGUAAAGUUAUUGAGAGGAAGGCCCUGAAAUGAUGCACAUUCUCUCAUGAUGACUCCUGAAACCUACUGGCAUCUGAGUAUCUGAUGAUAUUGAGAUGACACCCUGAAGACUAAAGAAUGAUAUUGCUAAGGAUACAGGGGAUUGUGUUUAUAUAACUUCAAUUUUAUCGCCAUGAACUAUUUCUUGUGAAAUGCAAUUAAUUUCAUAAAGACUGUAUUAUUUCUGUGAUGGUGUAACAUCAAAAUUUACCGAGACUUUUCAGUUGUCUUACAUAAUUUCUUCCAUAACUGUUCAUAAAAAAGUAUUUUUUAUUCAAAAUAUUGUAAGUGGUAUUUCUCUUGAAAAUUAAAAGAGGAAGAUUUUUCUACUUUCUAAAGAACACUUGAAGCUAUGGAGGUAAAAGUGAGUCAGGUCCAUAAUGAAACACAACCUGAUAAUAACAAUGUUUCUCAUCAAACGGAGAAGGCAUCAUACAUGUGUGACAUCUGUGGGGACUCUUUCAAAAUACAAAAAUGUUUAAUUCAACAUCAGUCUAUGCACACAGAUUCCGAACUCUAUGAUUGUGAUAUUUGUGGUGAAAAGUUUUCUACGAAUGAAAAUUUAUCCAAUCACAAACAAAUUCAUGCAGAGAUGAAACCAUAUUGCUGUGAUAUUUGUGGAAAGGCACUUUCUGAAAAGAAUGGUUUAUUUAAUCACGAAUGUAUUCAUGCAGAAGAAAAACCAUACCACUGUGAUAUUUGUGGGAAAGAAUUCUCUCAAAACAGUAAGCUAUUAACCCAUAGACGUAUUCACACAGGAGAAAAACCAUAUCGUUGUGAUAUCUGUGGCCAAACUUUUUCUGUUAAUGGUUCAUUAUCUACACACAAACGUAGUCACACAGGAGAAAAACCAUAUCGUUGUGAUAUCUGUGGGAAAACGUUCUCAGCUAGUAGCACAUUGUCUACACAUAAACAAAUGCAUACUGGCGAAAAACCAUACCAUUGUGAUAUCUGUAGUAAGUCAUUCUCUCUAAAUAGUAAUUUGUUGAAACAUAGACGCAUUCACACAGGAGAGAAACCAUAUCACUGUGAUAUUUGUGGUAAAACAUUCUCUCAUAGUAGUAAUUUAUUAACCCAUAGACGUAUACAUACUGGAGAAAAACCAUACCAUUGUGAUAUAUGUGGUAAAAAAUGCAAUACUAAGGAACGUUUAUUAAGCCACAAACGCAUUCACACAGGAGAAAAACCAUACAAAUGUGGUACCUGUGGUAACACAUUCUCUGAUAAGGGGUAUUUACAGUCCCAUAAACUGAUUCAUACAGGAGAAAAACCAUAUCACUGUGAUGCAUGUGGUAAAAAGUUCUCUACAAAACAAUAUCUAUCUAACCAUAAACGUACUCAUGCAGGAAUAAAACCAUGCCACUGUGAUAUUUGUGGUAAAGCAUUCUCUCGGAAUAGUCACUUAUUGACUCAUAAACGUAUUCACACAGGUGAGAAACCAUAUCACUGUGAUAUUUGUGGUAAAUCGUUCACUCUAAAUGGUCAUUUAACUAAACACAAACGUAUUCACACAGGCGAGAAACCAUAUCACUGUGAUACCUGUGGUAUGACGUUCUCUCAGAGCUCUAAUUUACUGACCCAUAGACGUAUUCAUACAGGAAAUAAACCAUACCACUGUGAUAUCUGUGGUAAAACUUUUUCUGCCAAUGAUUCUUUAUCCAGACACAAACGUAUUCACACAGGAGAAAAACCAUAUCAUUGUGAUAUCUGUGGUAAGACAUUCUCUGAUAGUAGUUCUGUGUCAUCUCAUAAGCGAGUUCAUACUGGUGAAAGGCCAUAUCAUUGUGAUAUCUGUGGUAAAACAUUCACUGCUAGUAAUUCAUUAUCUACACACCAAACUAUUCACACAGGUGAGAAACCAUAUCAUUGUGAUGUUUGUGGUAUAAAAUUCUCUAAAAAUUGUAAUUUAAUGAGGCAUAAACGUCUUCACACGGGCGAGAAACCAUAUCACUGUGAUUUCUGUGAUAAAACAUUCACCUCAAGUUCUGAUUUGAACACACACAAACGUGUUCAUACAGGCGAGAAACCAUAUCACUGUGGUAUCUGUGGUAAAUCAUUCUCUCAGAAUAGUCACUUAUUGAACCAUAGACGUAUUCACACAGGCGAUAAACCUUAUCAAUGUGAUAUUUGUAGUAAGGCAUUUUCUAGAAAAGGUGACUUAUUAAAUCACAAACGUUUACACAGGAAAGAAACUACACCUCUAUGAUAUUUGUGAUAGAUCAUUAUCCUGUUAACCCGUUAGCAUUUAGACUGGCCUUAUCCAGCCCAAAUAUUCUACUUGUUUUAUGUUCAAACUGACCAGGUCCAGCCUUUCACACCUACCCUAUAAUGUCAUUCUAAAACUAAACAAUUAUGUCAUUGAAAUUUCAAGGCUACAAGAUGAUGCAUGAUUGAUGCAAAACAAUAUGAAUAAAUAAGCAUUACGUUUGACAAUAAUCUCAAUGCUAAAGGGUUAAUCAGUUAAUAUACAGAGAAUGUAUACUAAUUCUGUUGAAAUUCUUCAAAAGCUAUUUAUGUUAAGAUAAUUAAGUCGUGAUAAGAUUACAGGCAUCCUAGACCAACCACAUCCCAAUAAAGACAUUCAAAUGAUUGGUAAUAUCUCAUCAAUACAUUCUAACCUUUUUCUCACACACAAUUUGUCUUGUAUUGCUGUCUUUCCUACCCAAACAACACUUUCCUCUACUCUUCAGAUUUGGCUGGUUUUGUGUAAUUUCCCCUCAGGCCUUCCAAUCGGAUGAAAUAAAGUGGGAUUGCUUACUUUGAGUAGUCCUAGGUGCCCCGCGAUGCAGUUAGCCAUAACCCAGAUUAUAACAGUACUAGCACAGUAUCCACCUGGAUAUUUCAUCCCUAUCCAUUGUAUAUAUAUAUAUAUCAUCAUCAUCAUCGUUUAACGUCCGCUUUCCAUGCUAGCAUAUAUAUAUAUAUAUAUGUAUAAAUAAAUGUAAAUGUGUGUGUGUGUAUAUACAUAUAUAUAUAGGCAAAAGUUAAAAAUACGUACACCCAGUGUUUUAGGGUUUUUGUUAUGCCGAAAACGGCUGGUGUACGUAUUCUUUACCUCUGCCAUAUAUAUAUAUUCAGGGCCAACAGUUCUCAACUGGUACUUAUUUUAUCAACCCCAAAUGGGGUUCAAAGACAAAGUUGACUUUGGCAGAAUUUGAACUGAGAACGUAAAGACAGACAAAGUGCCUCUAAGCAUUUUGCCUGGCAUGCUAACAUCUCUUGUUUCUCAUAUUGUAUACCCAUCCCACAACACCCACACUCACCACUUCUUUCAGUUCUAGAAAGAGGAAAAACUUCAUUAAUAAAACUUAUGCAAUAUCUUUGGUAAAUAUAUUUACACUGGGAUUUUAUGUCAGUGUCAUGUAAUGUUGGAAUUGUUUUGAAUAUUUUCCUUUGUUGUAAAAUGAAAAUAAUAAAAUACGCAGCUAUAAUUGUAACCACA